CUCUGACCGGCCGCCAGAUUCAUUCGAAAUCAAUGAACGCUGCAUGUUAAUUGUCGUUAUAGCCUUUUGGAGUGUAGACGACAAGUCUGUAGUUUUUUUGCGAGUGUUUGUUCGUGUUUUUCGUAAAAAUUUACGAGGGAAUUAGUAUUUUAUUUUUUUUAACCCUCGUGUUAGCGAAAAAUUACGCGUUUUCGUACGUAUGGUUGUUAUUUCGUACCAGUAUGUUAACCAUAAUCAAAUGUUGAGUGCUAUAGGUAAUAAUAAUAAUUAUUCACAAUGAAUUCGUUAAGUUUGUUAUUGCUAGUGUUUUCGACGUCGGUGGAAUACGCGAUAUGUAUCGGACCCGACUGGAGUAGUCAUCCGAUCAUGCAACAAGCUUCGGAAGAUAAAAUAGAAUCGUAUACGACAGCUUUUCUCAACAUCUCGUACUUGGAUAAGUCAACCGGUCAAGUAAAAUGGGAGAAAACCGAAGUAGCCAAAUACGGUGAGUUCCACGUUUCCGCAGUCAGCGGAAUCGUCGUACAUGUCAGAUCAGCUAUGGUCAACGGUGACGAAGCCUUUACCGGAUGUAGUUUUCCACUCAAACCAUCCUACGGAGAGUUUCCCAAAGAUGAGCCAUGGAUCGCAUUGGUCCGAAGAGGCAGGUGUAAUUUUCAACAAAAAAUGGAACACGCUUAUAAUAGCAAUGCCUCCGGUAUUAUCGUCUAUAAUGAUAAGGAUGGACCGCAUUUGGAGCGAAUGCGAUUGCAGCACAAUGUUCCGAAAGAAUUUGCCGCAGUAUUCACCUUCAGGUGGAAAGGCGAAGAAUUAUCGAGAUUAGUCGAUAAUGGUACGAGAGUAACGGUCCAUAUUUCUGUAGCUGAAGUGUGUCCGCGAUCCACGACAAACAUUAACAAGACUUCUGUAUUAUUCGUCAGCGUUUCCUUCAUCGUAUUAAUGGUCGUAUCAUUAGGAUGGAUUAUAUUCUACUACGUGCAAAAGUGUCGAUAUAUUCAUGCCAAGGAAAGACUAUCGAAAAGGCUAUGCAGCGCUGCCAAGAAAGCUUUGCAGAAAAUUCCUACCAGAUAUAUUAGAUCCGAUGAAAAAAUCGGUAAUGAACUAGGUGAAAUUGAUUGUUGCGCUAUUUGUAUCGAAUUGUUCAAACCUGCUGAUGUUGUCCGUUUACUGCCAUGUCGGCACGAAUUCCAUAAAUUAUGUAUCGAUCCGUGGCUGCUGGAAAAUCGAACGUGUCCGAUGUGCAAAAUGGAUAUUUUGAAAUAUUUCGGAUUCGAACUUACUGGAAGUCAAGAAAGUAUGUUACGAGUUGAACAAGAUGACCCAUUCAGUGAUAUAUUUUACUUUAGUCCUGAUUCGCACGUGUCAACGAUAGUUGAAACAACUAUCAUUGUUCCAGUUACGAGUCAUCAUCUACCAGUAGAGGUAGAAAGUAGGGCGACUCCGUCAACCGAACCAGCAGUCGGGACAGUAUCACAGGCCAUUCUGGAUGCUGAUGCUGGAAGAAACGCUACCAAUGUAUUUGGAAAAUCGCAAAAAACGUUGAAUAAAAAUUGCGAAAAUAAAGUUUUACCUUUAAGAAGAACGGUUUCGUUGGAUAAUAUGGCCUCAACCAGCCAUUCGUAAAUUGUGAUAUUGACGAAAAAAUUUAUCUUCGCAUCUAUCAUCGGAUUUUCCUAUUACAUCGCGUGCUUCUUUACUUCCUAUUAUUUUUAAAUCACUAGAUGUGUAUUUUUUUCUACUUUCUUACCUCUAUUUUUUUUCUUUUUUUUUUCGUAUGUGAGCGUGUGUAUGUGUAAUUUUAAUAUUCCAUUUUAUUUAUCGAUUUAAUUACUCGUAUAUUUCGAAGUGAGGUUGAUUUUACGCAGUUGUUUGUUUAUUAUUAUGGUUGUGAGAAUUGAUUAAGUUCUCGACGAUUUUUUUCUCUUUUUUUUACGAUUACUUUCUUCUCUCGUUUUUUUUUCUCUUACUCUACUUUUUUUGUAUAUAUUUUUCAUACGCAUCACGACGCGACGUUCUGAUUUUGUACUGAAAAAAAAAAAAAUGAAAUGGCCAUUUACCGAACGCUAUUAUAAAAUUUAAGAGUGCUAGCAACAGACCGCACUCGAAUAUGGUUUGUUGCUCGUGUGUAAACGUGGUGCUUUCAAGAUUUUAUCAAUGUUACCGAAAUUUCCCCUCAAAAUAAGUCGCUCGAUUGCGCGACGUUAAUGUACGAUUAUUAUUUUAUAGACGAAUUCAAAUUAAUUUUUUAAUAUUUUACCGUAUAGUACGUUACGUAUUCGUAUAUACCUAUAGUUUACGAAACACACGCAAUAUAUUCGAAUAUUUUGUUAUAUUUUGGUAUCGUACGACGUAUUGAUAAUUAUUUUAUUACGUAUUUACUCGUAUAUUGUGUGUUCAUAUUGUAUGACGCGGUAUAAUGGGUUAUUUUGAAUUCGUUGUCUAUGCAUUUAUGUAAUACUUACUUACAGUGUCAUUGAAUUUUUAUUUUCUAAUAGGUUGCGCUUUUUCCGAAAUUUUCAACCGAAUGAAUUUUGAUCUCAUUGUAAAUUCUUACGGAUCAGAGAAAAAUAUAGUACGCGGAAGGGUUGUUUUGAAAAGUGGGUAAGAUGGCUAAGUACCUAAUUGGAAAUUAAAAUGGACAGAUUUCUUAUUGUUUUUUUUUCUACGAUGCGGAAUUUUAUUCGUAAUUCGAAAAUAUACCUAUUUUUGGUCCUUGGAAUAAUUCAUUUCCUCCCCCCCCCCCCUUUGAUCCAAAAAAUACUCCCGAGUUUACACAUAUUUUCAUUAGAAUUUGAUGUCACUCGAAAUUUAUAUUGAUAAUUGUUCGAUUAUUGUUUUAAAAAAUUAAAUCAGUUACGUGAUUGUUUUUAAAAUUGCAAUCUUUCAAAAAAAAAUCCCUCUUUUCGUUUGAGGAAAAUGAGGAGGAUUGGUGAAUUUUACGAAGAAUUUUUUUUGGAAUUUUUAUUUUUAAAGAGGAAAAGUGGUUGUGCGUAUGUGUUUAUUAUUUCCUUUAAAAAAGUUUUUGGUUCCUCAUUCCCCUCCCUUCCUCUCGCCCAAAAAUUACUCCAAUGAUACGAAUUACGUUCCGUUAAAGGCUAUUUUGCUCAUUUUUCAUCUGCAAUUAUUUUUGUUCGUGUGUUUUUUUUUCGUAAAACGAUCUUUUGGGUCCGAAUGUUGUAGUUUCGAUAUGAUUGUGUAGCCUACCACCCUUUUCUUAUGGAAGAAAAAUGAUUGUCCUUUUGAAAAGUAUACUCUUUUUUUUGGAUUUUUUUACAUUUUGUUUAGUCGUAGAACGGUAAUAUGUAACAGCUUAGCGCUACAAACCGGUAUGCAUGAUUCGCGUGUGGAAUUCGGCAUUUCAAAAGUAUUGUAAGUUUACAUCGAAUAUACUAUACUAUGGUACCUGCUACGUAUUACUUUUAAAAACUAGUCAUACAAAUACUUCGAUUAACAUGUAAUUUGUAAAACGGUAAAAUUGUAUUUAUAUGCUGUGUAGCAUUUUUCAGUUUUACGAUUAAAAUAUAUAUUUUUCAUUUGCGUUUUUAUUA